CAUUUUUGAAACACUAAAAUUUGGAGCAUUCAAAUUUUUUUUCUUAAUUUUAUUUUUUAGAAUAUAUCCUGUGCAUAAUAUUAUUUACAUAAAUUUUUAUACUAUAUAUAUAUAAUCUAAAAAUUCCUUAUUUUCUAAUGGGAUUAAAAAUUUGUAUCGUGAUGAAAAGAAAAUCGCAUUUAUCCGGAGGGAAUGGGAAUGAAGAGGGUAUUGGAUUGUCGUAUCGUGUGUCCGUAUAUAACGUGUUUCAGCAUUAUUCUUAAUCUCUCUUAAGCACCCUUAACCCAAUUGAAUUAGAAGGACACACUCCGCGAUACCCCGCGACACACGCGCGACUCGUGAUUAACUAUCCGUCUAUUGCAUUUCCAAUACGUUCUUUCAUCCAGUGCAAGAGUGCGCGUGAAGUUGAUCGUAAUUUCGAAUCAUCCAAAAGUGUCAUUAUUUACAGUUAUAAAUAUAUUUUACGGAUAUAUUUAUUUAAAUUAAAGAAAUGACACAUGGCUUAAUUUAAUUAUUUUAUAUAUUAUAUUUUUUACAGUGAUUGACAUUUGCAAGUGUGUUUGUGUUGGUUUUUGCAAAUUAUUGAUCUUUCAUGACUAUUGAAAAUUUUAACCGUGUAAAAUUAAUCUCUUAUAUAUUGUUUUUUAUCGUAAAUUCUGAAAAAAAAAACUUAAUUUACGUUCUUUAUAUAAAUAUACGUUAAUUUAUAUAAAUAGAUUAUAAAUCUAUAUUCUUGAUAUUUUAAGAUAAUCUCGAUACUGCAAAAAUACGCAAACAUCAGAGUCGGCAAUUGGAAGAAUAUUCGAACUUAUUAACGUAUUUUGGACCCGUGUCCUGUUAAUAGAAGACGCAGCGCGGCGAAUCGCCGUCAGCGCCGAAAUCGUUGAGGGUGCAUGGUGCAUUUUUUACAAAUCUACGAGAGACAUCACUCUCUUGCACUUUGAUUACGGAGGAAGACGGACAAGACGAUGCAACGCGCGUCACAUCAGUCGUAUCCAUCCACGGAUGGAGGCUAAUACACGUCACGUGACGCCUUUAUAAGGUAUCAUCGAGGCUUUCGAUAACGUGGGACUAAAUCAAAGUUCACCGAAAUGGAGAGACAAAAUGAUAACAACUCGAUACGGGUCGAUAAUACCAGAGUCGCGGAAGAUAACGAUAGCUUCGAUCUCGAUGAUCUUUUGCCGAUCGUCGGCGAAUUUGGUCGUUAUCAAAAGCAGUUGUUGUGGUUGGUCUGUCUGCCGGCAUGUUUGCCCUGCGGUUUUUGUGCUUUCAAUCAGUUAUUCAUGGCGAAUACACCGCCGCAUUGGUGCAAGAUACCGGAUCUGGAGCAUAUGGAUGCUGCAUCCAGAAGGCAUCUCGCUAUUCCUGACGACAAUGGGACCUAUAGCCAGUGCACACGGUAUGACGUCGAUUGGACGACGACGACGGAGAACAACUCCGUUGUUUGGACGUACUCGUCCAAUACGUCGUGGUCCAUCGUGCCCUGCGACCAUGGCUGGGAAUACGACACCUCGGAGGUGACGUCAUCCAUCGUUACCGAUUUUGACCUCGUCUGCGAUCGCGCAAUCUAUCCAACGAUUGGCUUGGUGGCUCUUAAUUUAGGAGGCCCUAUAGGAGUAUAUCUAUUCGGCACAUUAAAUGACAGAAUCGGUCGAAAAUUAUCUUUCUUCGCGUGUCUGGCAACGUUAAUAACUGGUGGCUUUCUGACAGCAAUAACAAACGAUUUUUGGACUUGGGCUUCUACGCGUUUCGUCGUCGGUUUGACGAUACCAGCCAUUUAUCAAAUACCUUUUAUUAUCUCCUUAGAACUGGUCGGCCCAAAUUAUCGCUCAUUUGUGACAGUUAUGACUUGCACUUUUUAUACGAUGGGCCUCUGUAUGCUAGCAGGCGUCACUUAUUUUAUACGCGAUUGGCGAAUGCUUGCCAUAACCACGAGUGCACCAUUCUUGAUCUAUUUCUCUUAUUGGUGGUUUUUACCGGAAUCACCGAGGUGGCUAUUAGCGAAAGGUCGCCUCAGCGAAGCUAAUGAUAUUCUUGAAACACUGGCCCGAGUGAAUGGCAAAGAGCUCCCGGCAUCAUUCACUCAGAAACUUCGUCAACGCAUGACAAUGUCGAGAUCGAAAAGCGAAGAGGAAAGAUUGCGAACCGGUCCUGGUGUCCUCUCGCUCUUUAAAACGCCGAAUAUGCGUCUCAAGACAUGUCUUAUUACUUUAAACUGGUUUGCUAACAAUAUGGUGUACGUCGGUCUUUCUUAUUAUGGGCCGGCAUUAGGAAAUGAGGAACACCUGAGUUUUCUCUUUUCGUCUCUCGCCGAGAUUCCCAGUUAUAUCGCUUGUUGGAUUGUAAUGGAUCGAUGGGGCCGCCGAUGGCCGCUUUGCCUGUGCAUGGCCGUGGCUGGAGUAUCGUGUAUUGCCACGGUGCUGUUGUCGCCCGAUGCUGUCAUAGAGACCUUGAUAUUGUUUCUCAUAUCGAAGUCUGCAAUAUCGGCCUCUUUUCUAAUUAUUUAUCCCUUCGCCGGAGAACUCUAUCCUACGCAAUUACGUGGAGUUGCUAUUGGUUUCUCCGCAUAUAUCAGCGGUCUCGGACUCAUCAUUAUACCCUUCGUAACAUAUCUCGGGAAAGAGAAUCUUGUCUUACCUUUAGUCAUAUUGGGUGCCGUCUCGGUUAUUGGUGGUCUGUCCGGAUUGCGGUUACCAGAAACAUUGCACCAUCGUCUGCCGCAAACCAUUGAAGAAGGAGAAUUGUUUGGCAAGGAUUGGACGUGCGCGGAUUGCAUCCGUUGCAUCCCGACAAAACCAUCGUCGAUUGCAACUUCUUACGAAGACUUGUCGACGCGAGAAACAGUAGAGAUGCACGAAGUACCUGAAGUGCCGUUUGCCUCGUCUAUUUUGGAGGAACAACAACGGCCGAGUACGGCGAAUGUUCGCCGUUUAGUACGCCAAUCCAGCGUGAUGGAUACCCAACGCGAUUCCGAUGGAACCAUGAAGAUGACCUAUUGGUUUUAGCUUUGAACGCUUCGAAUCUA